AUGGAAAGGACUUUUAUCCACCCUAUAAAUGAAAACUCUUUUAUGCAGGUUUUCAAGUAUUAUAAAUGUAAUAAACCAAAGCCAUCGUUAGACAAUGUUAUUUUAUUAGAAAAUAAAAUAUCUGGAAAGAAUCUGAUCGGGCUCUUUAGUCCACCAACAUUAAUUGAAGAUUUAAGAACUGAAGUCUUAGGUCUUACUAAUGUAAAAGAGUGGAACACCUACACGUUGCUAAGACAUCCUGGGUUGAUCCUUAUUAAGAAUCCUUUUACAAGGCUCGGACAGAGAUACUGGAUAAGAAAAUGUUUAGAGCAAUAUCCGAAAAAACCAAAUAAAACGAAUAUAGACACAGAAAUGGUUUUAAAUGAUUGGUGGAAGGAAUGUUUUAAGAGUGGACAUUGCAAUUCAAAAUUACAGAAUAAACUUCGUUGGACGACUCUUGGUUAUCAUCAUAAUUGGGACACAAAAGUGUAUACUGAAGACAACAAAUCAUUAUUUCCUGAAGAUUUGGCAGAACUUUGUGAUUGUAUAUCCAAUUACCUUGGUUAUCAAAACUUUAGAGCAGAGGCAGCAAUUGUAAAUUAUUAUCAUAUAGGGUGCACACUUUCUGCUCAUACGGAUCAUUCAGAAGUUAACCUGGAGGCACCCUUGUUUUCUUUUAGUUUUGGACAGUCGGCAAUCUUUUUAAUAGGAGGGCCAGACAAAAAUGUUGAACCUUCAGCAAUUAUGCUCAACAGCGGGGAUAUUGUUGUAAUGUCUAAAGAAGCUCGUCUUUCUUACCAUGCUGUGCCAAAAAUAGUUUCUGCAUUAUCUCAGCCUUGGAGUAAUGGGGAAAGUGAUAAAGAAAUUUGUGAUAAUAUGGCUAAUUUUAAGUAUAUAACAAAUAGGCAGCAGCUUAUAAUAGACAUGAAUAGAAAUAUUGAUAAUAAAGAAUGGGAUUUGUUUAAAAAUUACGCACAGGAAUCAAGAAUAAAUAUGAAUGUAAGACAAGUAUUACAUGAACAUCAAAAAAGUUUACUUGAUGUAAACAAUUUUAAAUCAUAUUUUCUUGUUUCAUUUGCACCCUUCUAUUAUAUCGAAGAAUAUUUCCUUUGUGUUUCUAUCUUGGUUUUUCUUUUGGGCUGUUCAGUAAUUACUGAAAAGAGAAUAGUGAAUAUUACCAUAUUUGUAUACUACAAUGCGCCGUUUGGUGAUAAUCUAGGAUUUAUUACUACAUCAUGUCACAUUUUCAAGCAGAGACUUAAAUCGUGGUGA